AUGGCCCCGACGCUGCUCCAGAAGCUCUUCAACAAAAAGGGCGGCAGCGGCGGGGGCUCGGCGGCGGCGUCCGCCCCGGGCAGGGCCCCCAAGGAAGGAGCCGCCUUUAGUUGGUCAUGUUCGGAGUUUGACCUGAACGAGAUUCGCCUGAUUGUUUACCAAGACUGUGAAAGGCGAGGUAGACAAGUCUUAUUUGAUUCUAAAGCUGUUCACAAGAUUGAAGAGGUGGCAACUCAGAAAACGGAGGAUGUUCCGAUUAAAAUGACAGCCAAGUGCUGCCAGGGAGGCGGCAGCAGCACCAGCAGCACCAGCAGCAGUAGCAGCAUCUCCUCCUUCAGCUCUUCUGGGGGAGCCUCACAAUACGUGAAGGAGCAGCUUCCCAAGUACCAGUACACAAGACCAGCUUCAGAUGUCAACAUGCUAGGGGAAAUGAUGUUUGGCUCGGUUGCAAUGAGUUACAAGGGCUCCACCUUAAAGAUACACUAUAUCCGCUCUCCUCCGCAACUGAUGAUUAGUAAAGUCUUCUCUGCUAGAAUGGGCAGCUUCUGUGGGAGCACAAAUAAUUUGCAAGACAGCUUUGAAUACAUCAACCAAGACCCCAACUUGGGAAAGCUGAACACAAAUCAGAAUAAUUUGGGUCCUUGUCGAACUGGAAGUAACCUAGGUCUGCUGCAGGCAUGCAGCAGCAAACUGCUGCCGGGGGUGGCGGAAGGAGGACCUCUCCGGCUCACCCGGAGUGCUUCUUUCUUUGCAGCACAUAGUACUCCAGUUGACAUGCCAAGCAGAGGGCAGAAUGAAGACAGGGACAGUGGCAUUGCUCGAUCAGCCUCCCUAAGCAGCCUUUUGAUUACACCGUUCCCAUCUCCGAGCUCCUCUACGUCCUCUUCUAGCAGCUACCAGCGCCGCUGGCUUCGAAGUCAGACAACAAGUUUGGAAAACGGCAUCAUUCCAAGGAGGUCAACUGAUGAGACCUUCAGCUUGGCUGAGGAAACCUGCAGCUCUAACCCGGCCGUCGUGCGGAGGAAGAAAAUCGCCAUAAGCAUCCUCUUUUCCCUGUGUGAGAAAGAGGAGGCCCGAAGGGAUUUCCAGGACUUCUUUUUUUCUCACUUCCCCCUGUUCGAGUCUCACGUGGACAGGCUGAAGAGUGCAAUUGAAAAGGCCAUGAUCUCCUGUAGGAAGAUAGCAGAAUCAAGUCUCCGCGUCCAGUUUUAUGUCAGCCGUCUGAUGGAAGCUCUGGGAGAAUUCAGAGGGACUAUCUGGAACUUAUAUUCUGUUCCAAGGAUAGCGGAACCUGUAUGGCUCACCAUGAUGUCCAGCACUUUGGAAAAAACCCAGCUCUGCCAGCGUUUUCUCAAGGAGUUCACGCUCCUGAUUGAACAGAUCAACAAAAACCAGUUUUUUGCUGCCUUACUGACUGCAGUGUUAACCUACCACCUGGCCUGGGUACCAACUGUCAUGCCUGUUGAUCACCCUCCCAUUAAAGCCUUCUCAGAGAAACGCACCUCUCAGUCGGUGAACACGCUGGCCAAAACACAUCCCUAUAAUCCUCUGUGGGCACAGCUGGGUGAUCUCUACGGAGCCAUCGGCUCUCCGGUGAGGCUGACGCGCACCGUGGUGGUGGGGAAGCAGAAGGAUUUGGUCCAGCGUAUACUUUACGUCCUGACCUACUUUCUCCGCUGCUCUGAGCUGCAAGAGAACCAUCUGACCUGGCAUGGGAAUCACGGAGAAGGGGACCAGCUGUUCAAUGGGAGCAACAUCACAACAGCCUUGGAGAGGGGAGAGGUGGAGGAGUCUGAGUACGUGGUGGUCACGGUGAGAAGUGAGCCUGCUCUCCUGCCCCCCAUCCUGCCCGCAGCACUGACUGCUGAGGGAAGGAGCCCUGGACCUGAGGGCCUGGCUGGGACCCCAGAGGACAAGGACAUCAGAGACCUUUGUCCCCAACCUGACACAGAAGGAAACAAGAGUUCUGUGGCCUGCGGCCCGGGCUACCAAGACCCAGCCCUGGGCAGUUCUUGGAGACCACAGGGCACAUUUUGUGGGGAAGAAGAAAGUGAAAAAGAGGUCCCAGGAGAUGGCUGCUCCAGGUUCUCCAGCUGGGAAGGUUUGGGGGCAGGACUGAAGGCCAGUGAGGAGUUGAAAGGGGAGAUGCCUAAGAAACUACCACACCGGUCAGGGGCCUGUCCUUGCCCGUACAGACCUCCCCGUGAGAACCCUCCCUUAGAAAGGGUCACUUUCCAGAUUGGGAGCUCCGUAUCUCCAGAGUCUGACUUUGAAAGCCGCGCUCAAAAAAUGGAGGAGCGGCUCAAGGCCUGCAGGCAACAUCCAGAGUCAGCAGGUUGUCCCUUGGUGGAGCCCAGGGUGGCCGCUGACGUGGCUGAGGGCCAGCAGGAUUCUAGGUGCUCCUUCCUGCCUGGCUUCCGGCGGAGUGUCUGCUGUCCUCAGAAUCAGCCAUCCGAGGGGGAGGAAGGUGACUUUGACAGGACUUACGCUGCGGACAGAGGCUUCAGCACUGAGGCUGCGACAGAUGCUGCCGGGCACCUUGACCCCCCUGCCGACUCGUCUGCCCCUGAUGCCAGUGCGGCAGGGACUGGGCGGAGGAGCCUGGAGAACAUGAAAGGGUUUACUUGGAAGCCUGGGGAGGGACCUUUGAUAGAGCCUGUGUCUGGCAAGCGUACACAGCAGGACUCCCGCGUCUCCGUCACUACCGAUGUCCCCUGUGGGGAUGCCAACGGGGCGGCCGACCUCAGGACUGAAGGAGACAUUCCCAGAAACGAAAGCUCGGACAGCGCUCUUGGAGACAGUGAUGACGAAGCGUGUGCUUCAGCCACGCUGAAUCUAGGUCACAGCAGCGACCCGGCUGAAGGGUCCUUGGAAGUGGAGCUGCCUCUGCCCAGGUCUCAAAUCAUCAGCAACCCGAAUGUAAGGAACUUUGGCCGCUCCCUUCUGGCGGGUUACUGCCCCACGUACAUGCCUGAUCUGGUGCUCCACGGGACCAGCAGCGAUGAGAGGCUGAGGCAGUGCCUGAUGGCUGACCUGGUCCACGCGGUCCAUCAUCCAGUGCUUGAUGAGCCCAUAGCUGAAGCUGUCUGCAUUAUUGCAGACACGGACAAGUGGAGUGUGCAGGUGGCCACCAGUCAGAGGAAAGUGAUGGACAGCACGAAACUAGGCCAGGAUGUCCUGGUCUCUAGUCAGGUGUCCAGUUUACUUCAAUCCAUUCUACAGCUUUACAAGCUUCACCUCCCUGCUGAUUUUUGCAUCAUGCAUCUUGAAGACAGACUGCAAGAGAUGUACCUGAAAAGUAAGAUGCUGUCUGAAUAUCUUCGUGGACACACACGAGUCCAUGUGAAAGAAUUAGGUGUCGUACUGGGGAUUGAAUCGAAUGACCUGCCUCUGUUGACUGCUAUCGCCAGUACUCAUUCUCCGUAUGUGGCUCAGAUACUCUUAUAA